UGAGUGUAUUCUAAAUGUUAUGUAGAAUUAUAAUUUGUGAAUUUGAAAUUUGUUUAUAAUGCGAGCUAUUUAAAUUGUCGCCGAAAGAGUGAAAUAGUGGAUUUAUUUAAUUUAGAAGGGAAAUAGUCCUAACUAUAUUUCAUGUAUUCCGAGAAAUCAGCAUUUUGUUUGUGACAUUAAUGUCACGUGCUUCUGUUGACAUUUGAUUUGAAUUCUGUGGCCGAAGUAACCGUGUCAUUACACGAAUUGAGAGUACUGCUGUGUAAUAAUUGUAAUGUGCGAUUUUUAAUAUUUUUACAAAUACAACAGAUUUCUUCCGAAAAGACAGACAAUGCCAAUUAUGGAUUAAAACACCUAUAUAAGACCGGUAUCUUGAAACUUAAUCUGACGUUCGGGGACGGCAAUGCGUGGGGCGUCCUCGGCUCGUCUGAAGGCGUCCACCGGCUCCAGCAGCUCUCUGACGGCUAGACCUGCCCCGAGGACCACUACGAUACCCUGCAGACUUCGAGGCAGCAGGGGCAAGACCCUCCGCGUUGUGGGCCGAACGCCACCCGUUUCCACUGUCCUGAGACAGGGACCCGUGUCCGGGGGCGGCGGGAAGGGAGGCCACCAGAACGGCAAGACGGGGCCCACCCCUCAGCAACAACAGCCGUUGAAAGGAGCGGGAUCUGUCAGCAGUCUAGACAGCAAGCACCACAAAGUGUCUUCAUCCAGUAAGUCAACUGGUGGUGCCAUGCUUGAACAGCAGGAACUAGAACGCAUCACACACGAGAAGCUUGCCCUGGAAGCAAAGGUGGCUGAGCUCGCAGCGUACGAAAGUGAGGUGAUGGCUCUCCGCAGUGAAGUGCGGAAGCUGCAGGACCAGCGAGCGGACCUCGAGCAACUGACCGCAGAGAACGGUUCUCUACGAACUCGUCUGCACAAUGUGGCCCACUCGCCUCUCUCAGACUCUGAGAAGGAGCAGCUUCUGUUGGCCACUGCGGUUCGGCAGCACAGUUCGGCUCCUGCCUCCAUGAUGGCCGCAGAGUUACAGGGUGAUGGCACUCUGGCUGACACCUCGUGCUCUACUCCUGACUGGGAUAAACAGUCUAGCAGCAGUCUGAGCGAAGUGUCGGUGGCUUGUCUUCAGGACCGCAUCAUGCAGAUGGAGGAGACGCAUUACAGCACAAAUGAGGAGCUGCAGGCAACACUACAGGAGUUGGCAGACCUGCAGGUCCAGCUGACGGAGCUACAAGCUGACAAUGAAAGACUGACAGAAGAGAAGAGUGUGUUGUUGGAGUCAUUGUGCCGACAGACCGAGAAACUGGAGGACAGCCGCACCAAAGUGGACACACUGCAGGAACUGCUCCUGCAUCACGACCAGGCCGAGUGCUGCACGGAGCGCGAGCAGAAACUGGUUGAGCUGCUCAAGAGUGCACAGGAGGAGCGGGAAGUGCUACUGCUGAAACAAGAGGAGAUGAACAGUCAGCUCACAGAAUUGCGGCAGUCAGCCGACGUGCAGGGGGAAGAGGCAGGCCGGUUGACGGACAGAGUGCGUCUACUUGAAUCCACAGUGGAUGCCACCCAUGCCGAGCGCAAGCAGCUGGAUCAGGAAUUGGCCCUCGCAAAAGAAGAGAGCUCAUCUCGUAGCAUCGAGAUCAGCCGUCUCACCACUCUUCUCGACAAUGCCAGGGCAAAGAUUGAGGAACUCGAGCAGGCGCGAGAGCUCGGCGACAAGACGGAGCUGGACGAGCUGUUGGACAACGCCCGCAAGGAAAAGGAUGCGCUGGAGAGUCAGGCGGCCAUGCUGCAGGAGCAGCUGUCCCGCAGCCAGUGUGAGACUGCUCGCCUGCGGGACCAAGUCACGCACCUGCAGGAGGAGUGCAAGGUGAUGCGUAACAAUGCAAAGUCUGCUGUGAGCGAUCUGGAGUAUCAGUGUGGUGUGGUGCGGCAGGAGAAGCAGCAGCUGAGCGCAGAGUUGCAGGUCCUGCAGGAGUCCGUAGCCGAGCUUCAGGUGCAGUGCCAGUGCCAUCUGGAAGACAAGCGCCAACUGAAAGCUGUUCUGUCAGAGACACAACGGCAUCAGGGUGAUGUGGAGCGUAAGUUGGCAGAGCAGGAACGAGCGCUCGCCGAUGAGAAGAGGCUGCGGCAGGAAGAGAGCACUGAGUGGGGCCAGUUCCAGUCCGACUUGCUGAUGACUGUCCGCGUCGCCAACGAUUUCAAAACAGAGGCGCAGCAAGAGCUGGAAAAAUUGGUCCUUGAAAACAAGUGUCUGCGAGACAAACUGCGCGGCUUGGAGGCUCAGGUCGAGAAGCUGAAAGCAUCACAGAAACACCCACCCGUAGCGACUUCUGGCCCGCCCGUGCCUACGCAGUUUCCCGACUCCAGUAGCUCUCUCCUCACUUCAGUGCAGCAAGAAAUGGCAGCAGUAAGACGGCAGCACAAGGCCGGCGUCAGUCGCCAAGACAGCCGCCUCUCCGUAAAGUCUCUGAUCGAGAGCAUCGAGAAUGCUACGAAGCAGGCUAAGGCAGGCCCUGGCAGCCGCAGCAGCUCCACGUCGAGUCUAAGCAGCAUUGCCAGCGGAGCUCCCCCGACACCCACGUCCCCUCGGCGCCGGCUCACGUCUGAGCCUCUGGACGCUGCGACAAAGACCCCGCUGAGGGAGCAGCAACAGGCAAAUAACCAAGUAAACAACAAUGGUACCAACAGCAGCAGCAGUGGUGGCAACAAGCUGCAGCCCCUGCGGGGAAAGAAUGCACUCCCAGACAAGACGAGCGCGUCCCACGAUGAGGAUGUUUCUGCGCCGAGUCCGGUGUCCAUCCUCACAAGCAAGACCAUGGACUUUGUUCGCAGGAACAGCUACGGAGACUUAAGUGAACGGAAGGAUCCUCUGAGUGCCCUGGUGAAGAAUGGUGGCUCAAAACGCAACGCUUUGUUAAAGUGGUGCCAGAAUAAAACCAUUGGCUACCGCAACAUUGACAUCACCAAUUUCAGCAGCAGCUGGAAUGACGGACUUGCUCUCUGUGCCAUCCUGCACUCUUAUCUGCCCGAGAGGGUGCCUUACGACUCCCUCACCCCCAGCGAAAAGCGGCGCAACUUCACCAUCGCCUUCGCAGCGGCUGAAUCUGUUGGUAUUCCGACAACGCUGAAUGUGACGGACAUGAUACAGCUUGAACGCCCCGACUGGCAGCAGGUGAUGGCGUACGUGACAGCCAUUUACAAGCACUUUGAGACUUAAAGGACGGAAGGGUCAGUGCCUGCGCAUCUAGUCAGCAUUUGUUGCUGUGUACAAAUCCUAUUUAUUGCUUGAUAUUUUAGUUCCUACUCGUGUAAGCGGGGCUUUGUUUGUGUUCUAAAUCUGGUUGAAAUUGUGUCCUGUAUCCCGACUUCCGAUGUCUCUGAACUACAGUCAAUACUGUUCAGAAGUGUACAAAGCUGUGUACCACAUGAACGUGUGAAAUCAUUACUCAGGCGUUCGUCUGAUUCCGUCGUAAAAGGUUGUGUUGUUGAAGUCAGAUGUUACUUUGCGACCGACUGGUUAAGUGAAUGACUGCCCUAAUAUCGUGGAUGUGUGUGUGUGGUUUUUUCAAACAUCACGAAUGUUGCUGCCCAUUUGGAACCGCACCAUUCACAAAUUAAGCCCUGUGCGUAAGUGUAAGUGUGUAUACAUAUGUAUAAUAUGCAGUAUUGUAGUGCUGUCACUUCUGUAAGCAAUAAACUUGUACAUUUAUACUCA